GUUAGUAAAGUACGAGAAGUAGCACUUAAAAACUCAAUAUCCCAUAAUGCACUUCUCGAACAUCCUGUACGUUCAAGCUAAGCUAAGCUAAGCUAAGCUAAGCUAAGAAGUUGUGAAUUCGUUUCGCACCGCGGAAAUGGCGGAAUGGCGCAACGUGUUGCCGCAGGAAUGGUUUAAAUGUGUGAACCAGGAGGUAAAGGUUACUGCACAUGAUAAACAGCAGUAUGAAGGCUUUGUGUACACUGUGGAUCCAGUGUCUGCCAGCCUAGUCCUCGUGACCUUCGAGGAGAAAAGAAACGCUUCCGUGAGGGUCGUCUCGGGUCACGCUGUGAGAGACAUGCAGAUCCUCAGGGCAGGAGAUGAAGAGACCGAGAAGAUGAUGAGGUCACUGUUUACACCUGCUGCAAGUCAGGAAUUCAGCACAGAGGAACUUGAGGAACGCAAGAAGGACCUGCGAGCAUGGCUGGAGAAGAACCUGAUUCCGGUUACAGACGAGGGCGACGUCCUGCGUGUGGCGGACGUGCUCACCAUCAGCGCUCCGUACGGCCCCGAGCAGUGCAGCAGCAUAAACGAAAUCAUCCUGGCGAGAGUGCAGAGUCUCGUGGAAAACAAGCCAGGACGAGAAAACCAGCGUUAAGCAUUUUUUUCACACAGUGUGUGUCCUCUCUGUGAGAGGUCAUGAUGUCCAUGAUGUCUUAAAUGUCCAUGUGUUCCUCUUUCUACUGAGGGAGAUUGAGACUUUGAUUAAAGCACUUGCUGCACUGA